AUGAGCCUCCUUGUGUGCAGCGAGGACUGCAGCCUCGCCGAGUUUUCGCAAAAACACCAGCUGAACCCGCAUACCCUGUGGCUCCCGCUGAGGGCGGCCCUUCCGUCACGUGCAGGUGCCAAGUCCCAUGUCGCGGUUGAUCCUCGCACGCCCAUCGCGCUGCUGGAGACCGCCACGGACACCCUCCUCCUCGACAAACGCGCCAUCUGCGUCAAGCUGCACGUCGCGAACGCUGUCAGAUGUGAGGAGACGACCGUCGUGGUCGACCCUGCAGCGGUACCCCCGGGCUGCGAGGUGUUUGUGCGCUGGAGUAGACCAGGUGGUAAAAAGCUGCGGGCCAACACGCUAGUGCUUCACUACGACGUGGAGAAUGCAACCAACGCCUCGGCUCGCAGCGCCGUCAGCGGGCUAAAGCGGAGUCGUGUGGACGACAACGACAGCAGCGUGGGCGCGUCCUCGUUGGCAGGGUCGCUUCAGGGAAAGCAGAGCAGACUCUCUCUGGUUCAGCAGAGCACGGAAGAUCUCCAGCGCCGUUUCAGCGCCGCAGUCGGCGCGCUAGGUGGCCAGCUCAGUCCCCGUUCUACGCAGAUUCUGCAGUCUACGCUGGCCAGCAUGCGCUACCGCCAGAGCCAGCCGCCGCUGCAUUUUGUGCUGCCGUCCGACGCGACAGUGCUGGAAGCGGCGGGUGUCAGGUGGGCCAGGUCGAACCGGCGCAUCUUAUCCCGCGUUUUCCGCUCCAUCACCUCAGGAGAGAGGUCAGAGGCGUCCAAGUACAGCGACGGCUCGCGCCAGCUGCGGUUCUACUUUAUCGAAGACGUGCUACUGCGCCGAACACGCGAGUGGAGGGCGGCGGCGGCGCGGCGCCACGUCGACGAAGAUGGCAAAACAGGAAAGGGUACGCCACCGGAGGAGGUGGAGCUCUUGCUCAAGGAUGAAGUUCUGGCGGACAUGAACACCUUCGCUGAGCGCGGCGGCCGCAUCGUCUUCUUCGAGCACUACCCGGUGCUGCACCACGGCAGUCGCUACACGGUGGAGCAGACGUUGGCACCGGUGGUGCGGUUGUGUCGCACGGGGUGCCCUCACCUUACCGUAACGGUCGUUCUUUCCGCCAUGUCUUGUGUAACUGCGGCUCAAAAGGGAGGGCUGGAGCUGUCCCUGGUGCUUCCACAGACCGGUCUGCUGACGUUCUUCAUUUCAGAGCUGAAUACGUCGCUCUUGCCAGACCCCAAGACGGCAGCUGUGGUCGGGGCCAGCGAUCGGGGCUCCGAAUUUCUCAACAAGCUGCACGCCGAGUUUGCAUGCAACGCGUCGCUGACCUACGUGGACGAGAAGGAGCUGCGGCGCCAGCGGUUGUAG